AUGAAUCUGAACUACACGUCCCCCGUGCCUCAGAUGCCAGCCCAGAGGUCAACGUCGUUCUUCAUCGAAGAUAUUUUAUUACACAAACCCAAGCCCAUGAGAGAGGUAUUCCACUUGCCGUUCUCAAGCUCUCUGGCUUCCCGGAUGCCUCUCCUAGAAUAUGGAUACCCACUUAUGCCCACUCCGAUACUAGCGCCUCACCCGCACCAUCAUCUACACAAGCCGGACCAUCACCAGUAUUUCUUCACUUCUGGUAAGUAGGAAGGUAAUGGAUUGGUUCAUGCUUUCAAUGAAGCGAAGGCUGUCAGAGAGUGCAAGGACAGUUAAGACAACUUUGACAUUUCAUUAGGCCUAUAAUGAUUCCAAAAGGAUGUUAUUUCAUAAUGUUGGUGCAUGUAUAAUUUCCAUUUUAGUAGCUUACCAAUCUUAAUAGCCUGACAAAACGAUGGAGUUGUCUCGGGCUUUUUGCAACAGGUACAUUGGCCUUUUCGCGUGUAAAAGUUGGUACAAAAAAAAUCCAACUCAAUCAGAAAAUAAAAAUCCUACUCCAUUAUAUAAUGGUGUGCUAAAUAUAACGAGGCCUAAAGUAAUAUUCUACAGUGUGAAGAAAUUGCAUGGAGUAUAUUUAAUUUAACUUAAAACAAUUAAACUGUUAAUAUAAUUGUAAAAGUUGUGUUGAACAUUUGAUUUUGAAUGCCUUAUAUAUAUUUCACAGGGAUGCAAAUGCCGGGGUUAUUUCAGCAUCAUCCGGAGUUACCCGGCAAGCAUUGCAGACGCAGGAAGGCGAGAACGGUCUUCUCGGAUUCGCAACUAUCUGGUCUGGAAAAGAGAUUUGAGAUACAACGGUACCUAUCCACACCAGAACGAGUGGAGUUGGCAACAGCGUUAAGUCUCUCGGAAACCCAGGUAAGAAACCUAAACUACAUCACACUAUCAUCAUACCUUUCGGGAUGGUCGCAUUGUGCUGCAAAGCAAGUUUAUGAAAUAUUCCACCUUUGUCACACAGGUGAAAACAUGGUUUCAAAACAGAAGGAUGAAGCAUAAAAAGCAACUGAGGAAAACACAAGACGACCAGAAAAAUCCGAAUGACUUAGAUAGAUCCAUGGAGAACUCAAGUGAGAGUGAACUCAACGAAAAAAACACAGAUGAUGUUAACAGUGGAAUCGACCCAGACUCAUACAUGUUAGAGGAAAAUGAGGACGAUGUUGAUAUCGAGGAUGACAUUUGCUCGCCAGAACGUUCACUAUAG